GGCCGGGAGCCGCGCAGGGGGCGGAGAGAGGAGUCGCGAGCGGCGGCGGGGCGGCGCGGGGCGGUGCGGGGCGGAGGGCGCCCGAGGGCGAGCGGGCAGGCGGGCACGGCGGGUUCCGGGCCAGCCCCGGGGCGGACGGUUGGCCGGGCGCGCGGAGCCUCGCCAGGGCCUCGCCGGAGCCGGGCCGGGCAGCAGGGGCCGCCGCCGCCGCCGCCGCCCGGGCCCGCCGCCCGCGCCCCCCCACGCGGGCCCGGAGGCCUCCGGCCGCGUCGCCGCUGAGGAUGUCCCGAAAGGGGCCGCGAACGGAGGUGUGUGCGGACUGCAGCGCCCCGGAUCCUGGCUGGGCAUCCAUCAGCAGGGGUGUGCUGGUGUGCGACGAGUGCUGCAGCGUGCACCGGAGCCUGGGACGCCACAUCUCCAUUGUCAAGCACCUUCGCCACAGCGCCUGGCCUCCCACGCUGCUGCAGAUGGUGCACACGCUUGCCAGCAACGGGGCCAACUCCAUCUGGGAGCACUCCCUGCUGGACCCCGCACAAGUGCAGAGCGGCCGGCGUAAAGCCAACCCCCAAGACAAAGUCCACCCCAUCAAGUCAGAGUUCAUCAGGGCCAAGUACCAGAUGCUGGCGUUUGUGCACAAGCUUCCCUGCCGGGACGAUGAUGGGGUCACCGCCAAAGACCUCAGCAAGCAACUGCACUCAAGCGUGCGGACAGGCAACCUGGAGACAUGUCUGCGCCUGCUAUCCCUGGGUGCCCAGGCCAACUUCUUCCACCCAGAGAAGGGCACAACACCUCUGCACGUGGCUGCCAAGGCAGGGCAGAUACUGCAGGCCGAGCUGCUUGUAGUGUAUGGGGCUGACCCUGGCUCCCCUGAUGUUAAUGGCCGCACACCCAUUGACUAUGCCAGGCAGGCGGGGCACCAUGAGCUGGCGGAAAGGCUGGUUGAGUGCCAAUAUGAGCUCACUGACCGGCUGGCCUUCUACCUCUGUGGACGCAAGCCGGAUCACAAGAAUGGGCAUUACAUCAUCCCACAGAUGGCUGACAGAUCUCGGCAAAAGUGCAUGUCUCAGAGCCUGGACCUAUCCGAAUUGGCCAAAGCUGCUAAGAAGAAGCUGCAGGCACUCAGCAACCGGCUUUUUGAGGAACUCGCCAUGGACGUGUAUGAUGAGGUGGAUCGAAGAGAAAAUGAUGCAGUGUGGCUGGCUACCCAAAACCACAGCACUCUGGUGACAGAGCGCAGUGCCGUGCCCUUUCUGCCUGUUAACCCGGAAUACUCAGCCACAAGGAAUCAGGGGCGACAAAAGCUGGCCCGCUUUAAUGCCCGAGAGUUUGCCACCUUGAUCAUCGACAUUCUCAGUGAGGCCAAGCGGAGACAGCAGGGCAAGAGCCUGAGCAGCCCCACAGACAACCUUGAGCUGUCUCUGCGGAGCCAGAGUGACCUAGACGACCAGCACGACUAUGACAGCGUGGCCUCUGACGAGGACACAGACCAGGAACCCCUGCGUAGCACCGGCGCCACUCGGAGCAACCGCGCCCGGAGCAUGGACUCCUCGGACUUGUCUGAUGGGGCUGUGACGCUGCAGGAGUACCUGGAACUGAAGAAGGCCCUGGCUACAUCGGAGGCAAAGGUGCAGCAGCUCAUGAAGGUCAACAGUAGCCUGAGCGACGAGCUCCGGAGGCUGCAGCGAGAGAUCCACAAGCUGCAGGCGGAGAACCUGCAGCUCCGGCAGCCUCCAGGGCCAGUGCCCACACCUCCACUCCCCAGUGAACGGGCAGAACACACACCCAUGGCACCAGGCGGGAGCACACACCGCAGGGACCGCCAGGCCUUCUCCAUGUAUGAACCCGGCUCCGCCCUGAAGCCCUUUGGGGGCCCCCCUGGGGACGAGCUUACUACGCGGCUGCAGCCUUUCCACAGCACUGAGCUAGAGGACGACGCCAUCUAUUCAGUGCACGUCCCUGCUGGCCUUUACCGGAUCCGGAAGGGGGUGUCUGCCUCAGCUGUGCCCUUCACUCCCUCCUCCCCGCUGCUGUCCUGCUCCCAGGAAGGAAGCCGCCACACGAGCAAGCUUUCCCGCCACGGCAGCGGAGCGGACAGUGACUAUGAGAACACCCAAAGUGGGGAUCCACUGCUGGGGCUGGAAGGGAAGAGGUUUCUAGAGCUGGGCAAAGAGGAAGACUUCCACCCAGAGAUGGAAAGCCUGGAUGGAGACCUAGAUCCUGGGCUUCCCAGCACAGAGGAUGUCAUCUUGAAGACAGAGCAAGUCACCAAGAACAUUCAGGAACUGUUGCGGGCAGCCCAGGAGUUCAAGCAUGACAGCUUCGUGCCCUGCUCAGAGAAGAUCCAUUUGGCUGUGACCGAGAUGGCCUCCCUCUUCCCAAAGAGGCCAGCCCUGGAGCCAGUGCGGAGCUCACUGCGGCUGCUGAACGCCAGCGCCUACCGGCUGCAGAGUGAGUGCCGGAAGACAGUGCCACCAGAGCCCGGCGCCCCAGUGGACUUCCAGCUGCUGACUCAGCAGGUGAUCCAGUGCGCCUACGACAUCGCCAAGGCUGCCAAGCAGCUGGUCACCAUCACCACCCGAGAGAAGAAGCAGUGACCUCUCUCCCCACACCCUCACCUGCACCCUAGGACCUCACUGGCCACAGGAGCUGGGCCACUCCAGACAUUAAUCCCCACCCCAACAGAGCCACUGGCACAAGUGCCCUUAGUGCUGCCACUCUCCCUGGUAGCCAGGCGCCCUGGUGCCCACCCGUCGAGCCCCUAAGGAUGGGGAGGUGGGGUGGCAGGAGCUUCUGUCCCCCACAUUCCAUGCACCUCCCCUCUGUAUAUAGCAUCUCCCCACUCCUAGUGAGCAGGGGCCUGUAAGGCAUCGCUCCCAGCCCCUCGCCUUCGAGGGUACCCUCAGCAAAGGGGCGGGUGGGGACACUCCAAGUGGGGCAGCUCUCCGUACAUGCGCCCCACCCCCAUGAGCCAGUUCAGCCCUAUUGGGGGCUGAGCAGGGGCAUCCCCUCCUUUGUACAUAGUCUCCGUGGAUGUCCCUGCCCUGUAGCCACCAGCCCCUUGCUGCUCUCCCUUUAAUGCCAAACGGCCCAUGCCUAGGGCACAGGCCCCAACCUGUGUGCUGGGGGUCCCCAGCAGCAAACACUGGAAAGUCUGUUUUUUUUUUUUUUUUUUUUUUUCCUUUCUUCUUCCCCACCCCUUAAUUUUAACUUCGUGGUAACUGAGUGUCCCCGCGUGCCUGCGUGUUGAGUGUGCGGGCGGCAGUGCCGUUCCGGAGGCCUGGUCCAUCUGGAGUUUUGAGGGGUGAGGGGACCAGAGCAGUGGGACCAACGUGGAGGUCAGCUUCCCUUCCCCACCUGGAGCCAGGGACUGUCCUUGUAACCAGUUUUGGUCCUGCCCACUGCCUCCCUGAGCCCUCCCCACUCUCACCCCUUCUCUAUGAACUUAAAUCAAAAACCACUUCCCUCCAUCUCCUCCCGCUCCUGUGUGGAGGGGGAAUAUGUGCUGGCUAGGGUGGAGGACUGAGCACCUGAGCCUGGGGCUGGCUCCCCGGGGUGUCUGAUUCAGCUGGUGGCUGUGGAGCUGAGUCCCCUCCCUGUAACCUCUACAAGGCCAGCACCCACCAUCACUACCUGCAGCUGCUGUGGUCCCACCCUCGGGCGGUCUGGGAACCUGGCUGGCAGCCUGGGAAGGCUGGAGAGGCAGACGGUGGGACCCACCAGCGCUCUCCCCAUCCCGCUUCUUCCCUAGGGGGCCAGGCCCUACCUGUGUGGUGGUGGGUGGGCUGACUGUCAAGACGUGUCAUGUACAUUUGUAUCAAAAAUAAAGAAGUGACCAUGA